CAAUGAAAAGACGUUUCUAGCCUGCAAUAACAGUUGCAUCCCCAGAGCAACAGAAAACGCUGAAUGACCACACCUCCAGCUGGCCAGUGCAAAGCUAACCUGGGUCAACCUGAGCCAGCGGGAUGAGCACCUAGCACUCAGCCUGGCAGCACCCAGGGGACCUGACCCCAUGGCAUCUACCCAUCCUGAGCUGUGACCCACAGGGGGAUCAUUCCCUGCCUAGCCCCCCCUAAUGGCUCCAGUAGAGAAGCAGGCUGAUGAUGAAGGUGCAGAGUUCCCCUCCAUGCCCAAUGUAGGGGUGACUGCAACCAGGUCCAGAGGAUGGCUGGAGCCCAGCAGGAGGACCCCAUCACCAGCAGGACCAUGGACCACAUACACAGCCCUGCUGCUGGUGGCAGUCCUCAUCCCAAACCUACAGCCCCCAGUGCAAGCCCUGGACGAUUCUUCAACUCAACCAGCAGAUGUAAACACAUCAGCAAGUGACUCACCUAUAUGGCCUUCCCAAGGAGUAACGUCUUCCUCUACAGCCAAUGAUCCUUUGGAAAUCAUGGGACAAUUAACAGACAAUGCCACUUUGUAUUACAAUUCAUCAACAUUACCCAACACAAACACCAAGUCUAGUGAUAAUAGCCAAACCACCAAUGGACAGGAAAAUAUAACCAUGUUUUUGGAAGAAUUCAAUUCUUCACUUGAAGUUUCAUCCCAGCCAAAAGACAAAACAACCUCAAUAUCAGUUUCAGCUUCGUUACCUACAGGUGAAUUACCAGCAGUUUCUCCUACUGAAAAUACAACUCAAAACUUGAGUACCAUAUCAAUGAUGCAAACUUCUGCCUCUCUUGAAACUCACACUAUCCCCACAUCAACUUAUGUGCCCUCUUUAAUGUUAAGUACAUUGCUAACCACCACUCUUGCUAAGACAACUACUAAGGCUCAUACUUUAAUAUCAGUUAAUGAAACCACAUUGAUCACACCAACAAGUACCCACACCUCAUUCCUUUCAACGUUAGGAUCACAAACCACAAUGAUACCAACUUUGUCUUUGUCAACACAUGCACCUAGUACACCAUUAUCUGCAACUGUAAAACCCACAAAUCCCGACACUAUCAAAACAUCACCAAUGCUUGUGGUAACCACCACUCCACCGUCAACUUCUACAAGAACAACUACAAAGACAAUGGCAUCUGUAACAACUGUAACAAAUGCAACAGCCAUUUAUAGCACAGUUCCCACAACAGCACCUACUAUAGUGACAAUGACGCCUUCUCCCUUGGAGUGCAAAAUCUCAUCAUACACUAUGGUAAAAACGGUUCUUACUCUGUCGCAGCAGUUGAACGUUGCAGAAAAAGAGAUUGUUGUGAAGAAUCUGACAGAUGCCAUAAAUCAGACUUUGUAUCUAGUUUUGAAUCUACCAAUACAAGUAUUGGUAAACAGCACGACGCUAAAUAUGGACAGUCAACAAUCAAACAAUGUUACUGUGGGGUAUUCCAUCUUAGUGAAUUCUUCGGUUUAUGUUCCGUCCGUCAUCGUGGAUAUUCUUGUGGCUAACACCACCACGUUUAGGGACAAUCUGAACCAUCACAUUCCAAGUCUUCAGUCAGUUCCGGUAUUAGCUGUUCAAUGGGAGCCGGUACCAGGAUAUAAUUACCAGUUAAAAACAGUUCUAAAGUUAAUGGGUCCUAUCGGAAAUAUCCAAACUUGCAGCUAUGUACAAAGUAUGGAAGGAAAAUUGAUGGUUGCGUUUGAGAAGGCAGAGAUCACUGAAACUGGAAAGAAUAGCAACCUCACUGUGCAGAUUCUGAGUACGUCACAAACUAACCAGAUCUUAACCCUGAUCUAUGUCGUGAGCAAUGGUAGCCAACUACUGGAAGGCACAACAUCCAGUAACCUCCUAAACGUAUUGACCGGAGAGGUAGUCGGCUACUAUCUGGGAGACCCCCCUUUAAUCAUCGCAGAACCAUUAUAUUAUCCAAGUAUUGAUGUUUCUGAAACGACAAUAAAUAGCUGGGUGAUCACAGUCAUACUUGGCGUCGAUGACACAUUGUUGGGAAUUAACAACCAGAGUUUUGCAAGGUUAAUGGAAGAGCGACUGGCCAAACUGUUUCAAUUAUCUGGACAACAAUCUAGAAGAUUUAAACGGGCAACCACCGUAGGAAGUUAUACGGUUCAGAUGGUGAAGAUGCAACGUGUAGCGGGAUCUAGCAAUCCAGCUGAACUGACUUACUAUGCUUUGAACAACGGAGUUCCCAUACUGGGAAAUGUAGCUGCGAAGCAACUGAGCACCAUCGACCCUCAAACUAUGGCUCUCACCUUGGGCUACAUCGUAAGAGUUCAAGCUGAACCCGUUAUAAAAAAUCCUCCAAAUAAUUUAUGGAUUAUUGCUGCAGUGCUGGCACCCAUCGCUGUUGUCACGGUGAUCAUCAUCAUCAUCACUGCCGUUCUCUGUAGAAAGAACAAAAGUGACUUCAAAUCAGAAAAUAUCAGCAAUAUGCCCCCAAGAACCAAGCCUGUCCAAGGCUUUGAUUAUGCCAAGCAGCACCUGGGCCAGCAAGGAGGAGAAGACGAUGUACUUCCUGUCACUCAAGAAACCGUGGUCCCAUCACUGAACCUGUCUCAGGAACGAGACAGCACCCAAGAUGGAAGUACGGAAAAAAUGCUCAAGUCCUCAGACACAAGGAAAAGCCGCUCGCCUUGUGAGAAUGGUUCCGUCAUCAGUAACGAAUCGGAGGACGCCAGCUCAGACAGGAGCACGCCACAGAAAGUAAUGGCUCAGCACAGAGUCACAAAGGACGAGGCGUGCAAGCGGAACGUGCCAAUAAGCGAUGAAGAGGAGGGGAUUAUGCAAUAUGACAAGAACACAAAAAUGGCACCUGAUCCAUUCGAUUCGUCUUCUGGUUCUGUGCAGCUGAUUGCAAUAAAACCAACUUCUCACCCAGCAACAGACAGAAAUCAAGAUUUGGCAGCCAUCAAUGGAGAGGUGAACAAAGCACUGAAGCAGAAAUCUGACAUAGAACAUUAUCGCAAUAAACUGCGCCUCAAAGCCAAACGGAAAGGAUAUUAUGACUUCCCACCAGUAGAGAGCAAGUCUCUCACGGACAGAAAGCGGAAGAUGUACGAGAAAACUCAAAUGGACAUAGACAACGUUCUGGAUGCAGAUACCGACACGUCUUCUCCAUUCACAGAGCCUAAGCACAGACAACCAUCAAUAAAGAACCAUCCAUACAGAAGUAGACAGUCUCUGAACAGCCCAAGUCCAGGGGAGACGGAGAUGGAUCUCCUCGUGACUCGAGAAAGACCUCAUCGUGGAAUACGCAACAGUGGCUAUGAUACGGAACCCGAAAUAAUUGAAGAAACUAACAUUGAUAGAGUGAAACAAGCCCGGACGUUCAUCAAGUCACGACAAGCUAAAGGCCACUCGGAAACAUCCACGUUGAGCUCUCAGCCUUCCAUAGAUGAAGUCAGACAGCAGAUGCAUAUGCUUUUGGAAGAAGCAUUUAGCCUGGCAUCUGCUGGCCACGGAAGACCCAAAAGACAACAAGAUCCUUAUGCAUCAGCUCAGCACAUGCCAUAUUCCGAUGUUGUCACCAGCGCCCCUGGAACAAUGUCAAGACCUCGGAUGCAAUGGGUGCCAACCUAUGGGCCAGAAAUGUACCAGUAUAGCCUUCCUAGACCAACCUAUCGGUUUUCACAUCUUCCUGAGAUGGUUGUAGGCUCCCCACCUCCUCCUGUCCCUCCUAGAACUGGUCCUGUAGCAGUUGCAUCGUUAAGGAGGUCUACGUCUGAUGUGGCAAAUAAGAGCCGAAUACCGGAGCCCAGUGGAAAUGAUCAGGGUCCAGGUGAGCAUGGGGCUUUUCCCCCAGUUCAAAGGGCACCGGUGCCAGUGACCCAAAUGGAUCAGUCAGUAUCAAAUUAUGCAGGUAACUCUGUGCCAGCCGUAUUCGCUAUUCCGGGAAACCGAUCAGGAUAUUCUGGGUACUAUGUCCAGCAGCCUCCAACAACGUACAGGAACCAAGGUUGGAUGUCUUACCCAGGAGAAAACGAAUUACCAGGACAAUGGGCCGAUUCAGUUCCACUUCCUGGCUAUAUUGAAGCCUAUCCAAGGCCGAGAUACCCACAGAAUUCUCCGUCACGACUGCAACGGCAGUUUAGCCAACCGGUCAAUAUACAUUCAAACCUGGAUCACGCGGCUGGACCAUCCAUUGGGGCUUCUCAACAAAGUCUUGCAGAUACUGACACUCCGGAUGCUUCCAUCACUAAUCUAUCCACUGCUGCGUUGGUAAAAGCCAUAAGAGAAGAAGUUGCCAAAUUGGCCAAAAAACAGACAGAUAUGUUUGAGUUUCAGGUUUGAGACAAGUGACAAAGUGUUGGUGUACCUUCACACAAAAAAACACUCUCUGCGACUUAAGGCUAAUAAGUGACGUUGUAUCAAAUCUCUGGUUUCAAAUUCUUUUUUUUUGUAAAUAAAAUUUAAAAGUAAGUGGGGGACAAGCAGAGAUCAGCGACAGACUGGUUCAAGAAAAUUCAUACCAAUGUGUCUUUAUAUAUGUAAAAUUAACACCAAUUUUCUAUUGAAAUCAGCAUCAACUUAAAUAAUAUAUAAAACAUUCUUGUGUAUGCCGAAUGCUCAUCAACAGAAAUUAAGAAAUAUAUAACAAAAUCGUAAAAUUUACAGUAUUAUGCAUUUUCAGAGAACAAAACACAUAACAGUUAUUAAUAUGAUCACAUUGACUUACAGGAACAUUUAGUGCUGUGAUUUUUUAAAAUGAUAUAUUUUUUGUUAAAUACAAUCUGAGCCAGUAGAGUAUUUUUCGGAGUCUCCUCAAACUCAAGACAAAAUGAGAAGGCACUGAAAUAAAGAGGUGAACCAAUGGUGUAUAUGUGUAGAUGAACAAAUAUUGGCUCGUUACCUAUUAUGCC